AUGAGAACAGUGAUUCCCUGGUCAUUCCCCCCGGAGUUAAACAUUCUCCUCAUCCUCCUUAUCCGUUGCAUCUCCGCUGCCCCUGGUAGUUCCGUUCUUCAACGCAUGUCCGCAGUUAACUGUCAGCUCGUCGGUGAUUCCCUCUGCAGCAAACUCUACGGCAACAGCUUCUGCGACCGCAGAAAGAAUGAAUGCCGGUGUGCAGCCGAUUUCGUCCUUAUUUCUGAUGGCAAUGAUAACAUGGCCUGCAAUGAGGGUAAGCGGCGGUGGUCAACGAUAUUCACAUUAGCGCAUUUUUGUGCAGAAUUCUACUAAAAUCCCUUGGCAAAGCCUGUUUGGGAAAAAGAGAGAUCUCGGUAGCUACGGAUGGAUUCUCAGAUAGGUUUGAUUGCCGGAAGCAUUCCGCUGCUUUUCUAAGUAUUAAGGCCCCAUGAAUACGACUAAUUAUUUUGAAAGUUAUAACAUAUGUGCACGUAGGCUUUCAGUAACCAAGGGCACUACUCGAACAUUCAAUUCGGGAUCAGGAGAGUUUCUGAAAAGAAGAUUUGCACUUUAAUGAUGACAGUGGAGAAAUCCUCCAGCCAAGUCAGACGCCGACCAUGUUUAUGUACUGAGGAAGCAAAGAUUUGGAAUGGCUCGUAAAUAUGACACGGAAAGUGUGACACAUCUACACUUGAGAAGAUGAUUUCUGAAGUAGAAGUUCCAUAGUCAUGGGCUCAUGCGUGUCAGAUCCCGGGUGACGUAGUUAGGAUUGUUGGUCAGUCUGGUGUUUGUCGAAUUUUCACAGAAAAAUGUCGAGGCUCCUAACACAUGGCUCAGUUUCUCGCAUGCUGCCACCAAGCGCAGCCUCGUGUAGGCGAGACAAAUACCUGGCCGAUUGCUUGACCCUGUGUGUCGGUCUCUGGCUGCCAAAAAGGAGGACUUAAAUUUUUCGAUGACAAAUUCGCCGGGACCGUAGUCCUCGCAGUUCGCCCUCUCUAGGUGACUGCUGUCAAAAUACGGGGUGUGGUCACCCAUAAAUCCUUCAGGAACUCGAGCAAUGCUUACUUCCGCAGAAAGUAGGCGGAAUACACGGAUAGCCUUUCAGUGGGCGGCAAAGUUGUCAGGUUUAUGCAAAACCAUUUCGUUGAAAUGCUUGGACAGCCAACUUACUAUGUCACAGUUGGUGAAGUUCAGCUGCGUGGGUAACUUGACCCAAAAGUGAUAAGAUACACGGCUACCGAUCGGAGCCUUGUACCUUUGGCAGUUAACGUGUUGGCUAUGCUGAAGCAUUACCCUUACUGUUGUGGCUUCGAAUCCCACCCCGGCCGACAAGUCUUUCACGCGUGGGAUAAAUGCAUUAUUUAAAUCCGCCAAACCACCUUCUAAUUGAGGGAUUUCGCUAAAACUUCUCAAAGGGCCUGUGGCUGAGGUCUUACUUCAAUUUAAUGCGCUCAUUUUUGGAAAAAGUAAAAAACUUAAUGUCCAAAUCAGCCAGAAAUGGUGCACCCUUUCCAGAGAAUGCUCCUAAACAAAAGUUUACUACCUUCAGACGAAGUAAUAGUUUCCGACUUGAAAGUAAUGCUCAGUGCACCGACUACACGAUUGUUCCCCUUUAUUAUCCUGUCAAACUAAAAUCUCCCACCUAAAGUAUUGAUAUAACGAGGAUAAUCAUAUUUUCGACUUACGAUCCUUGAGCAUCAAAACAUAGUAGAAAGAUGGCCGGGGGGAUAUGAAAAUAAAGCCACCUAAUCAUCGGAAUGAAAAGUUUGAUUCGCCCAAAGAUGUGGACUUAAGUUCGAACCGAUCAAGCACGACAGGAAGAGAUAGGGAAAGUGGAUGUGUAAGGACUGCGGCAUUUGUAAUUUGCGACUGUUAUGCAGCCACUUAGCAAUCACAAUUGGUAGAUCCGCACUCACUGUAGAUGGUCGCAAAUAGUAGGAUGAUCUCCUACCUACACACAUCCCAAACGCUAAUUUCCCUAAUUGCACCGCCAGUGUUGAUUAAUAAUAUGGUAGCUACUCGGCCAUUUGGAUUAGCAGUACUGUCUCUUAACGCAAUGACUGAUUACUCUGAUCAAGCAAAUCCUCAUGGCGGAUUUUAGUGCAUUACUUGAUGGACUGCGGGUUGUAGAAGAAAGACUUAAGCGACUCGUAGCUCACGUGAUUGUCGAAUCUACCGAUAAAAUUCAUCGCGUCUAAUUUAAAAUUAGUUCUAAAAGCUCGACAGCGCGAAUUCACAAUGGUUCCAGCUAAAGCAUCAGCCGAUAUAUAUCGCCGAGCGACUAUCCCAUUUAGGGAAAUGAAGAAACUGCCCCAACUAACGAGUCGGAUUUCAGAGGAGGGUUAAACAACCACUGUAUCAUAGGGCGUCUAUUUUGUUGAAUACAAACAUUGUUACUUUCUAUAAGUAUCCCGUUGCAUAGCAGAUGCGUGCUAUGCAGAUGCGUGCUAUGCAGAUGCGUGUUCAAUGAUAGAAUUGAUUACGAAAGUGAAACGAUGCAUAGCAGAUGCGUGUUCAAUGAUUGAAUUGAAUACGAAAUUGAAACGAUACGCUUAUGACUAUUUACUGCUCCAGUGAAACUCUCAUGCGUAGGACUGACAUACGUGGUUCCCUAAGGAGGACAUGAGAAUGGAGGUCGCCUAUAAUAUGGGUGACUUUGAGCCAGCUUUUAACGAAAUUAAGGGUAGGUUUAAGGUAGGGGUUAGGGUUGGGACAUAGAUUGUGUUUAAGGUUGGAUUAAAGGAUAAAGGCGAGAUAAGGGUUAAAAUGGGGCUAGUGCUACCUGCAGAGUUAACGCUUAACAUAGGCUUUCGGUCAAGAUUAGGGCAACAGUUUAGUUUUAUAUUUGGGGUAUUGUUAGGGUUAUGAAAAAGGAAUGUUUUGCCCUCUCCGGAAUUACGCGUAGGUUCACCGUUUGUUAAUUUAGCUGGGUGUGCCUAUUCUCAUGUCCUGUCUAGAGGACUACAUUAGUUAAUCCCACUCUUCCGUUCUUCUGGAUAAACAUUUGAUACUAAGCUUCUAAGUGAACUAAAAUGUGGUAUUUUUAUCGUUCAAGGGAUCGCCUUUCAUGCCUAUUAGGCAAGAAGUCCAGCGUCGCUUCAUCGACGUUUGCAGGAAAAUUUGCAAUAUUACCCUAUACCACCGCUUUAUCGGUUUAGGCAUAAAUGUCUGAGCUGCUAUAUGACAAAAACUACAUGUUCAAUUUUUGACUAAGCGUACUUAGCGAAAUAAUGAAAACUGAUAUAUGUUCAUGCAAAUUAUAAAUGGUGAACUUUGAACUAUCCUGUUUUCCUUUUCUCCUAUACCUGUGCAACUCUAUUUUUAUCUGUAUGGCUGUGUUAUCGUCAGUCCUCCCGUAUAUUUAAUUAUUUCUCAUUCUGUUGUCUUCCUUCUCAUUCUGGACGGUAGGACGUUUCCAUAGCCUCUACUGUUUUGGCGACGAUCGCACAAAUCAAAAAUCAAGCAUGACAGUCGUUUAAUGUUUUACAUGAUAGGUGUCAAUGACGAGGCAAUUACUCUGGUGACAGAGUCCGUCAUAUUCACGUUGUGAUGUCCAGUUUUACUGCUAGAUACUAGAGAAAAAAAUGCCUAAAAAGGGAUGACUAUGAGAAAAGUUGCUAAAAUACCAAAUUCUAAAAAAAUGAAUAGUGAACUGAAAGGCUACUCCAGUGCUCAGGUCACUCCUCUGCGUGAAAGAAGACAUAAGAUUUUCAUCAAGACCUUUUAGAAGUCAAGUUGAGACUAGAGCAUAAACCGACAUAUUUGUUUGUGUCAUUCAUGCGUCGGCGGGCUUUGAAAUUGUCGUCGAAAGAACAAAACUUUUAGUUGCUCGGCGAUCUAAGUACCUAAGCCUCGAGCUCCAAGCCGAUGAUCUUGCAUGCUCGGAAUUUCUAUUGCUUUUCGCAUUAAUUUUUGGCCGUUCAGUCAGUAAAACAUGCCAAAGUUAUUAAAUUUAAACUACCUAGUUGCAAUUCCAUGAAUUUAAAAUUAAACGCAAAAGAGAGAGCUUGUUUAGUCCCUUAGCUAAAGUAUAAAAUCUCAAGACUCAGAAUCGACGUUAAAAUUGCCCGCAUCGGGCAACUUAGGGAUAUAGUUGAAACUAGGGCUAGUAUUAAGAGUUGUAUUAUGGUAGGGGGCGCUUACCAAUCGUUCUUACGGAACUCACUCGUUCCGUUGUGCCUUACGGGCUCUCUCUCUUGAGUCCAAUCAGCAGCCGCAUAGCGGCGCAUGAUAUAUAGGCAGAAUGGCAUUACCGACAAAAACAAGGGAGACUAAAAUGUCCAUUUCUGGCUUAUUAGCCGUCGUCAGUCAUGCCCAACCCCUAAGUGUGGAGCUCCCGAGUUAUGCUUUGUCUAGGGCUGAGGUUGUCCGCACUAGGCUAUGAUCUAGAUUCGCAAUUGAGACUAAGGUUGGGGUUUGGAAUUAGAAUUAGGAGUUUGGGCCGGGGUUUAAGUGUUUGGAUUGAAAAUUUAAGGCCGAGGAUUAGAGUCGCAGUUAAGUUUGAAUUUCCCUUAAUUACUUUGUGGUUAAGGGUUAGGGCUACACAUUACAGACAUGAUCACGUUUGACGUUAGCGCCGUAGUCAACUACAGUUUUUCUACUGGGUUACAUAACAUACCAUUGCCAAAGAGAUUGUAUUGCGGGUGUGAAUAGUAUAAAGCCUAGUUUCCCUUCCCAUAAUACGGUCAAGAUAUUUCGCGUGUCACAUAGAAACGUUCAAAAUGUGGAACAGUGAUAAUAUUAAAAAAGAGACCAAGCAGCAUCAAUAUUUUAGCUGUCAUAAACGGCAUUCAGCUUAAAAAUUCCAUCGACGAAAAGGUUUCUGCUGGACGCAGAAGGCCACCUUUUGUUAAACAAGAUUAUAUAGCGGCAUAACUACUUCACCAUGCCUCUGCAAGGACUAUUUUAUCGUGACCAACUGAAGCCAUCGUAAAUUAUCCCGCAUUUUUCGCGAAUGCCUUCUAUAAAAACUAACCCCUACAUGAUCCUGCCGACUACUGCGACAGAGAGAAGGAGCUUUUCCAUAACUCGCAACUGGUUUUUUUUUGUGAACGUCCUUACGGCCUUAUCGUGAAAAUAGACAGUAAAGAUCGGUUAAGCAUUUGUCUCUGCAUAAAGUACCUCCCAAUGAAUUGAUUUAACUGAGACACUCAGAAGAUGGUUUUAAUUUUAGUAAUCUCGGCAACGAGAGCGCUACCUAACCGUCUUUGGCGUAAAUAUUGCCGGAUUACUGCCAUCUCUAAAGCACUCUGGAAAUUGACAUUUAGUAAGCAAGCCUUUUUUGGCCGACAGUUUAUAUGUUAAGGUAAAUGGCGCACGAAAAACAGGCCACCUAAAUAUCAAGACAGUCAGCCGAAAUGCAUGCACCUUUCGAUUUUCUGAUUCACUCCGUCCUUUUGUAUGUUUGCAAUUUCAGGUAAGCUGCAGCCCUUCGGGUAAAUAAAUGUCCACAUGUAAGCAGUCGUUUCGAUAAGUUUAAUUUGAUUGAGACUGACUAAAAAUUAGCAAACCAGACAAUUUGCCUGGAGCAAAGUAUACCUGCCAAAAUGAAGUUUAGCCAAAUUUGUUUACGGAAAGAAACCUAAAGGUGUUUUUUCUUUAGAGAGACGGACGAAAAAUUGUCAUCUAAAAAGGUACUUCAAGCGCACACGUAGAAUAGCGUUAGUGACUGACUAACGAUUGAGUUCAAAUACAAAGCUAAUUAAUUAGAACGGCCAAAACUGACUGGUAACUUAUUCAUAAUCAACACAUUUCCUGAAUGAAAUUUAUUCAUAUGAGCAACCAAGCGAGACUAAUUAAACGGUCCUUUGCCAUCAUUUUGAAAUAGAAUCCGCUGCGAAUUCCACAGAAUGAAAACAAGACAAACGUUACUUGUAAUCCUUUUAUAUGCCAAAUAAGGUCAAACACUGGGCUUUAUGCAUUUUUCUAUGUAGACAGCUAAGGAUACUUGAUGGUGGGGGCUUGUGCAGACCGCUUUUUACUAAAAGUAGGACGCAAUCGAAACUUUCUAAAAUCGAUUAUUGUUGGGGAGCAAUUGACGUGUACUACUCGAUUCUUAUACGUCACACGUUGGUGGAUUUAAAGAAAAGACUUCCUUUUUUAAUGUGCUUGGGUUAUCGACUCAGAAAUGCAAUAAUGUUUUCUCGCGAGAUCGACAAACGGCUUAAGUUGUAUCUGCCUGAUUGUGGUUUAUGAAGGGCAAAUAGAACUCUUUGCCUUUGCUUUAUGUCAAAGGAGGAAACAAUAUAAAAUACUCGCUUCAGAGUAAAUUAAUUACUCAAAGAGGUGGUUUCAAGGUCUAAGGACUCAGCAGAAAUAUGAUGUUAUCCAAAUGAAUAAUACUGUUUUUUCGUAAAACAGAGUUGUAUAUAUGAAACAGCUUGAUUUUAAUACUUAAUGCACCAAAAAGAGAGCUAGAGACUGAAAGCCUAUAAUGUGAUUAUUUUAAUUACGAUAAAACUGAAUAAAGGGACGGUCAGUUGACAAAAUAGUGUAUAGAACCACAUUUUAUUUCCAAACACGUGAUGUUAAAUCUUUUGUUGGAUCAUAAAUGCAAAAAACAGACUCGUGGCACAUUUUACUGGCUUCAGUAAAGAUGCGCCUACUUAGUCCGCUAUGAUAGAUAAACCAAAAGAAGGACGAUCAGAACACUUCACCAGUCGCUUCAGUCACCCUGGCAGUAAAAUAAACUCACGUACUGUGCUUCAUAUGUUGGAGAAAACCAAGGUAAUUACGCUAUCAGAUCAGGCCGGUUUAUGUCUUUUAGGAGAAAACGUGAACAUUUUAAUAAGUAUCAGAUCACGAACGACUGGUUAAUAUAAUGCUCAAUCUUUCAAACAUCAGGUGAUAUCUGUUUACAUACUUAUGUUUGACUCAAUGUAAAAAGAAAAACAAACGCUUACGUUCAGCCUCUUAAUUGUGUCAGUUAAUACGUUUUCUGUCUAAAAAUGGCUCUUCUUAUCUAAAAGUCAUAGAUCUUCACCUUCCCUCCCUGAACCCGCGCUAUAGCUUAAUUAUUUACCUGUCCGUAUCUUUUAAGCCAUUAAUACAAUAGCCGUAUAAAUGUGCAGGUCUGAAGAGAAUUUAUCGAAAACAGACGUAUGCUCACGAACUUGCCCUCUGAAUUUUACAAUGGGAAUUUUUGCAGCCCUCAAAUAGUCAGAGAAUUUGUUUUAAAAGAGUCAGAAGGUUCGAGCCGGAGAUUCUUAAGGAAACCACGCCCGCGUAAAUCUUAAAAAUGGCCGAACUGUUUUAGUUCAUUUUAUUGCAUAAUGUCGUGUUCUUUAGUUAUAAUCGCAUUCAACAACAACCAUAUAACAACCACUUCGUCUCUCGAUAAGCCAAUUAUAUCAAGUUUAUGACACCGUCAAUUACAUUUUAACGUUAAAGAACUCCAUAUUUGGCUCCACUUUCAUUAAAAUGGGCAUUCAGCAGCCAGAUAGGAGCACUGUGUUAAUUCAUUUAGCCACAAUUCUGAGACGUUUUGCUUAGUACAACAAGGGCCGGUCCCGAAGGGCAAUCUCUUUUAAACGAAAUAACUAAAAAGCAAGUGAUAGGUACACUCUCAAAUAGCACCUGCCAAAGACGUAUCGUUGCACCUGCCUAUAGCUGGGAAUUAUUGUCUCAAUUUAUCGUAUAGAGUGCACAGCAAUUAAGAAGUAUUUCUUGCUUUGUCCGAAAAUUUUAGAGCAAUGAUUUUCGAAUAACAGUGGUUGGACAUUUAAUGUAUUAUAUGAUAUGAGGAGUAAAUAGAAGUCAGCACGAAAAAAAUAGGGAAACGAUGGUAGAGGAGUGUUCACGGUCACAUUAUCGGGCACAUUCGUCCUAUGGUAUCCGCCAACAUCUGAAGAACAGCUGACAAUACAGGCACAUAAUCAUCGCCGAUAAAGACAGUAAAUUCAGGCAUAAAUCUUGCUGGCUUGUAGGCCGUCAUCAGCCUGAUACAUCCAAUUCCCAGAUUUUGCAAACCUUUUAACUUUUGACAGGUGUUAUACUGGCGUUAUUUUGAAUUAAAAAGGCAUAGCGUCAAAAGCAAAUAGUUUGUUUUUGAACUGCGGGAGAGUGGUGCUCACCGAUCAAUUUUACGGAACUCACUCGUUCCGUUGUACCUUAAGUGUUUCUCUCAAAUCCAACCAGCAGUCGCAUAGCCGCGCGUACUAAAGACAGAAUAAUAUUACCGACGAACACAAUGGAGACUAAAAUGCCAUUUUUAGCUUAUUAGUCGUUGUCGGCCAACGGGAAUAGUGAGGUCAGUAAAACGAUCGGUGAGCGCCCCAUCUACAGUAAGUGGGCUAAUGCAUGAAACGUCGGCCAAACUUUCGAAAUGCAUUUUAGUUUCGGAAAGAUUAAUUACGUCUGGUUGUAAAAUUAAUCCCCGUUCAGCAUAAUUUUAUAACGAUCCAGUAGCCCGAGUGUGUCUUCUUUCGAAUGAACGUAUUUCCUUCUACAUCCAAAAACAUUACUCGGUAAAAAUGACUACUGAAGUAGCCUGCAAUUUUCCCAUUGGUUUUCGAUGCUCUAAAAAAUUCAAUUAUUUUUUAUGAAAAAAUGCAUAAUAAUAGUCACUCUUUUGUUUAUUCGUUAGGAAAUUACAUCUUGCUUUAAUUUCAUACUCGAAGGAAGAGUAUAAUUCGGGUUCAGAAAAGUUGCUAAUUGUCAGAUCUUUAAUACCCUGAAAUGACCGUUCAUAAAACGUCAUGUUUCUGCAUCUACCAAUGUGGCUUGUAAAGCUAACAAUAUUGCUCAAAUCUACUGCUUAAUUUUAUGAAAACCGUAUGUUCUCCUCUUGAUACCGUGGAGAAAUGUGUGCUUUUCCUUACACGGAAAAUAUACGGCUUUUAAUUUAGAAACCCUGAAUGCAAGUAUAACAGCAGGAUGGGUUCAAAAUUAUUCGACAAUUAGAACAGUCUUUUAAAACCGAAUUAUAAUAUUCCUUCGAGUAUAAAAUUCGAAGAAGAUGUAAUUCUCUACGGAGUCAGCAAAAAAAUGAAUAUUUGUGCGCAUGUUUUCCAUGAAAUAUAAUUGAAUUUUUAAGGGCAUUGAAUAUUAGUGAGAAAAAUGCAUUCUGCUUAUGUAGUCAUUUUUUACAGAGUAAAGCUUGUGCAUGCUGCCGGACAGAAGUUCAUGCUAAGGCCGGCAUCCUGAGGUAACUGAAUUAUUAUAGACUUAAACAGCAAGAUGAAUAAUUUUGCAACUCUACUUAAGUAAUAUUUUCGGACCGAAAACUUAGUUUAAAAUGGCGGUUGACAUUUCAUGAGUUAGUCCACCUACCGUACUCAAAAAGGUAUCGUUUAGGGGUAUGUUUAAAAACAAAGGUCUGUGAAUCACAGAUUAACUUUGGUGGCAGAUCCCCCGGGCGUGCUGUUUACGGUUUGUUGCACUAACUUAAAGAAUUUUGUUUAGGAAUUCCAUUUGCAAGAUCUGUAUUGAAACUGGUAUGAAUAGUUGGGUCUGGAAAUAUUGGAACCAGCUGAGUAACCUCUACCAUCGACGUCUGCAAUGUGCAUGUGUGGUGAUGUGGUCUUAUCUGCGACGAUGUACUGCAGGUUUUCAUGAAUGGUUUUAUGAUCGAAUAAGCCCAGACGAUGAAUGAAUGUGCGAAGGUAAUGGAUAAAUUGGUGUAUGAUAGCGAUCCAGGCACCUGUUUGCCAGUCCUCUUUUAAUGGAUUCGCAAGUGGCCAACCUGACCGAUGCGUGAAGUGAAUAUGCAGUGUCUGUUUAAGGGGAUGAGUUGGGGGAUGUUGGAUCGGUUAGAGUUUUAAUGUUGAUAGAGGUGGGCGGAUGGGUGGACACGAAGUUGAUAGAAUCAGAGAUAGGAGAGUUAGCGGAUGUGCAAUGUGUGGUAGGUAUGUCGACAAUUCGGUGAAUUUCUCUGUGGUGGAUACGCAUGUGGCCGAAUAGGCCCAUGAGUGGCACGAAAUUGCGUGGAUAGCGAAGGGGAUGCGGCGAGUGUGUGUGGGAUCCCCAGGCACUGGUGCGUCAGCCGCAGUAUGGCGGGCAAUUGCAAUGAUGAAAACUCGAGACCUAGUCCAUAUCGCUUGCUUUGGGGUGAUGGUCGAUGAGACGUCGGGAAGGUUUUGACGUGAAUGACAGCUGUGCUGGUCGCCAUCGUCAAGGAGCAGAUUGGCGCAGGGAUGGUGGAGAUAGCGGUGGUCAACGACGAGGCUUGGGAAUGCUGAGCAUCGGUGGUGAGUGCUGUCGUCGUAGUGAACCCCGUAAGGAGUAGAGUAGAUGCGGUUGGGGAGACAGCAGUCAAUUUUGUCGGGAUAUUGGGACUUUAAGACCGGAGAUGUCCUAGGAGGCCAAUCCGUUGAGUCUGAUACGCGUGCGGGAUCUUAAUUAACAAGGAUGACAUGUUGAGAGGGUUGGCUGUUGGUGUUGCGGAUCUCAGAAUAUUCUCUUUCGCCUCUGGCAGUUGCCGCCCCAGUCUUCAGUGCAUUUCUCGAGCUAUUUUGCAUGAGUUCUCCCUAAGUCUAUGGGUCGAUUUGUAGCCGCUUCAAGUAAUUCUUAAAGGUGUCCUUGUAGCUCCGGAUUUGAUCUCGCCGGUAGGCAUCAGUGGCGACAUAUCUAUGGGUGAGUGAUUUUUGUAGGCGUUCGCAUUCAUCUCCUCAAAAUGUCCGCUCUACCAUGGUCGCAGUUGCCUCAGCAUGACGGGGAUGUUGAGGCUUCCAGUCUGGUCGCAAACUUCGCUGUCUAGGAUGCUGUCCUGCAACCUCUGUUUCGGUAUCCGUCGGAGACAAACGAUAUGGAAGUGAUUAGGCUUCCACGUUUAUCUCUCACAGACUGCCCAGAUCUCCUUUCCGUCAAACAACUUCCUCAUGAUGACCAUCUAAUACAAAUUCACUUUGGUGUUCAGAUUGAGGCCGCGGCGAUUCCGUACGGAGUUCUGAAGCCGGCUAAUUUCUUGGCUGACUUAGGGGAUCCGGUGGAUCGCCUCAUAUACUUAGGUGCAGCACCAAAGUAUCCCUGUUACAGAAGAAUUAUUAAAAGGACAUUAUAUUUACAGUAAGUUAGUGAGAGACUUGAAACUGCGUCUAGAAAAGAUACUACGAUACAAUAAAUACAUGUUUUUCCUCAGCAUUCUGCAGUAAAUAGGGACAAAUUAGUGUCGCCCAAAUGGUAUGGGGACAGGAAUCAAAAAUAGCGUCAAGAACCCAAUGCACCUUAUAGGCGAAGACAGAGGUGCCGUGAUGGCUAUAUCCGUCAGUUAUUCUUUGAUUAAAGGCUGCGUUCGCAGCCUUCAAACUCGAGUGAAUUGAUCUUGACUGACAUGCUGUAAACCAUCACUGUUGCUUUGAGCGUGUAGCCAAGAAUCAAAUCUCGAACAUGCGGCCUGACAAAGAAGUAUUGCAGGCAUGUUGGGUCCAAAUUAUUCGGGAAUCGGAGACGUUUUGAAGUCCAAAUUAUACUUGUCACUUGAGUGUAAAAUUUAAAAGCCUAAUUUCCAACCGGAAAGGUAAAAGAAUGAGUAUUUGUGUAGAUGUUAUCAUAGGAUAUAUUUGAAUUCAUAAGGGAAUGAAAAUCAAUGAGGAAAAAUCAUACUACUUACUUAGUCAUUUUUACAAAGUGAGAUUUUGCAGGCGAUCGAGGAGAUGUGAAUUAAAAAGCCGGCAUCAUGAAGUAGCUGAAUUAUUAUGAGAUAUUUCUGCACGGGGAUUAGUAUAACAAUUCUACUUCAGCUUUUGUCGAGUGUAAAACGCAUUUUGGAAUUUUGGUUAACAUUUCAUGGGUUAGCUGACACACUGCAUGAAAACUAUUAAUAUAGCAACGGCCCCAGACACAAAAAACAUGCAACCAGUUGAGUGUCAGAUGCCAACAUUGUUACCGUCGGCACUAACGGUCAUAGAAGUCACAUAGAAUACCUGCAGUCAUUGGCAGUCAUGACUUAUCUGCAUCAACGGAUAUACAAUAAAUGUGUUGCUUCAUAAAAUAUUAAUUAAAUCUCUAAAAAAGCAGCGAUUAGGAAUGAUUACUUAAGUAUGGUUGUAAUAUUUAUUAUCUCGCAGCAUAAUCCCGAAAUAUUUCGGCCAUAUCAGGGUGCCGGCUUCUGAAUGAGUCUCCUUCUGACUAUCUGCAAAAUCCACACCUUGUAUAAAUGGCUAUUUAAACAGUUCUGAUUUUUCAACUUAUUUUUAACGCAUACAAUUUUUUUCUGGUACUUAUUUUGUGACACGCUAUAUCUUCUGUUAAUGUUUUGCUUGAGGAAAAAGCAUUCUUCCAUUUGAGAAAGUUUCCCCGCUUAACCUAUUUGAACCUGACCCAUCGUGUCGCUUGCGUUCAGGAUUUCCAAACCGCAGACUGUGGAAGCAAAAUCUAAAAUUUCUAAACUCUAUUUAAAGAACAUCAUAUAAAUUUUGGAAAAUGUUGAAAAUGAGUGUGCAUCAUGCUACAUGCUUUACGAAGAGCGUUAAUAAACUAGACAAUCUACGGUCUAAAAAUCUCCGGAUUAAAGCUCUUUUUGAAAUAGAGUUAUAUUUCUUCUUUUGUUACAAAAUUUAAAAAGACCUAGAUCACUACCAAUGACGUAAACGAAAGAAUAUUUGUUGCCCGUUUCCUAAGGAGUUCAUUUCAAUUUACAACGGUUUUCAAAAUUAGUAGAAAGCCUCAUAUAACUAAAGUGACUAUUUUAACCGCAUUGGCUUUUGUAAGUAGAUGAAAAAGCGCAUUUAGAAGCCAACAUGUUAGAACGUUUAAAAUAUCCUAGGCCUAUGCCGCAUGAUUGUCAGUAUAACGGCCCUACUUUAGUAGCCUUAUCGAAGCGAAAACACAUGUAGAGAUAACACAUCUACUGUUAGGAAAGUCUGUCCUUCUCUAGACUGGAUAAGUUCUUCACCACCCUAAAUCCGACAAAACAAGGGGACACAUUUGUGGUUAAGCGUGAGGUAUGUUGUUCUCAUUUGCUAUCAACCAUCCAUCUGUCUUAAUUCCCUAAGUAUCUGUUAUCAACUUUUAUACAGAAGCAAGUCAGUACGGCGUCGGUAAUAUCUUUGUUCUUAGGUUAUGGUUAUGUUUUAUACUGAAGGCCGAGUCACCCGCUGUAGUAAUUACAUGCAUCUAUAUGGGAUGGCGCAUAAAGAUUUUGAUUGGCUAAAAAUCCUGCAAAGUAGAAUAGGUUAUGUUAUAUUGCGUCUUGGCGAACACAAGUUACCUUCUUGAGUAAAUAUUUUUGAGACGGUAGUCAGUAGUUUAACAGGGAGGCGAAACGUGAGAUGCUCUUUAGGAUAAUAAAUUUUUAACGUACCGUGACAAAAACCACACAGUUCUUAGUCGUGUUGACAGUGUCUGUCGAAAUUCUGACAUGACCUUGCGUUUUCACGCCGAGCGGACGGUGUGCAAGGGAUUCGCGACUGAAAUAUACCACGGUCUGGAGAACUUGCUUAAAUAUUGAACGAUAGACCUUAUGACAAGCAGACGAAUUGACCUCUAAAACACAUAAGAAAAAGUUUUCUACUUGGAGAGAAUUAGUUCUUGUAUUGGUACUGCAACUACUGCCACUUCCGUUAAACUAACAACAACUAGGAGAAGUGCUACAAUCGAGCAACAUGAAUUCAUCCCAUUGAAUUUUGAUGUCCGUGCAAAGUAUCCGCAUAAUAUCGGUAGGACUGACUUUUUGGCUCCCUAAACAGGACAUGGGAGUAGGUUCGCCUCAUCCAAGUAAUAAUGGCGGACCAAGUCAUAAUUCCAGAAUAUUCCCGUGUUCUAAUCCCAACAAUAAAUCCAACAUUUGUCCAAAUCGUUGCCCUAAUAUUGAUCCUCCCUCUACCCUAGACUCUAACUCUGUAGUUAAAACCAGCCUCCGACCUAACCCUAAAAUUGACCGGACACAACCUACCGUUAUCUUUAAAUCUAGCCUCAAACAUGACCGCUAAUUUAAUAGAAUUUUACUGGAAGUUAGUUCAAGGCAGUUUCUGCUUUCGUGCUUUGUUUGGGUGGCCAAAUUAGUCAGUUUUGCCAAAAUCAGGGGAAAGUCGCAUUACGUAAACGGUUGUUUUAUUGAACAUGAACUUCUACGGACGACCAUUAUGAAGUCCAUCUAGAAUCCGUCAUUUCAGUAUUACUAGAACAUCGUGCGUCUGUGUUGCUUGAAAACUGAUAUGAACAAUCUAUUAAAAUAAUCAUUUUUAAUCAAAUCAGAAGUUCGGUCGGCAUAUCACGAGAUAGACUGGCAGCAUAAAGGCCAGAAUAAGCUCUUUUCAGCAGAUAAUAAACGUCGAAGUCUCGCUUUAGAAUGUUUGUCCUGAAAUACGUAUCAGAAUUUGCAAAAUGCAUAAAAUAGGAAGUAUAUGGUAUAGGGCUGUAGUAUAAUUUCGCGAAAUGACUGUCUUAUAUCGUAAUUGAUGUUGUGCAAAUUUUUAAUCUGUAAUACUUAUCGCACGGCUAAAGUAUGUUGGCAAGGGUCAACUCAAAAUAAACAGGUAAGUUAGAGUCCACUUAUCUAUUUCUUUGCGGCACCAUUUUUUAUUUUCGUUUAGGGAUGCACGUUUUCUUUAGUUUCAUCCUUGGUAUGGACGAUGUAAAUCAGUCCUGAACGUCCCCACAUCUCUUUACUAAAAAUGAACUAUGAGAUAUACACUUUUAGCUUCAGAGUUGCAAAAAUUCCCAUUGUAAAUUUAAAAAGACAAUUUGACGUACAUACGUCUGCUUUUGAUAAGUUCUCUCCAGGCUUGCAAUGAAGAAAUGAAUUAAAAAAUACGGGCUAGUAGAUAAUUAAGGACGAGGACAAACUACCAGCUCAGACCACCUAUAUGUUUAUUUACUCCUUCACCUGCUUCUGUGGGCAGAAUAUAUUGGUCGCACGAGCCGGCGUUUAUCCAAAAAGAAUAAAAGAGUAUCUUCCAGCACGGUUAGGAAAGGGUCAAAUAAAGAGCAUCAACAGCCCAAUCCUCGCGCACAUGGUAGACACAGACCACCGUGUAGACGCCAGAGGGGCCGUCAGAGUUAUUUACAAACUCCCACCAAGCUAUCCAAAACUACUUGGGCAGCGCUUGUUGGCUACGGCAGGUGCGACUGCAAUUAGACUACGCAGACCGGUCCUAUGCGCACAGAAUAAUUUCAUACAGGUUCCGCAGUUGUCAUGAGUCAAAACCUCCGAACCAGUAGCCUUCGCCAGGACCCUCCUUCUCCUUGGCGUUGGCUAGAAUUGUGCUGUUUCAUUCUCCCCCUUACCCUGCCCUCCCCAAAUCCGAGCUGCAGUUUAAUUAUCGACUUAUUUGAAUUUUUUUAAUUCAUUGAUUUUAGUACCGUUUGAGCUUUUUGUAGAAGGAAGGCCAACUGAUAAUUUACAUGAAUUUUUCUAACAAUACAUUAAGCAAGUCACAAUAGAUAUUUUUGACCUACUUUCACCGUUUCUUAAAUGUAAGUGAUUUGUCAAUUUAUUUGUCUCAUAAAUUGACAGACCGAAUAUAAAUUUAGAGCAGUACGACACCAAGACUAACAGGAUGACCGUGUUUAUUGCCUAGACAAACCAGCAAAUUAUGUUUCACUGUGUAUGCAAAACUAAAAUACUCAUCACAUUUGUCCACAUAUUUUACGGCGACCUAUAAAAUAAUAUGCAAACAAUAUAAGUGAAUCGUCUUUACACAAUCUGAAUUGACAUCCACAGCAUACGACGUCAGAGUGACUUACAGGAAAACGAUGACUUUCGUAUAUCAGAUUUGUCUGUAGACAAGUUUUAAGGAUGUUUAUUUUUUAUUAAGCGAAGCUAUUUAGGGCUCCUACGCUAUUGUGCAUGCGAAUAAUUACUGUUAAUUUGAUUUCCAUAAAUUCAGGCCGAUACAUCUAGUGCGGAAGUUAUAUUUCCACUUCUCAUUUACCUAAUGGCAAAGUACUGGCUAGUUUUUUAAUCUUUCAGAGCAUCAAUUUUUUUCGAGUAGCAUGUCUAUAAACAGAAACCGAGUAAUGAGAAACACAACAAGAAUCGCCCACCGAAACUGUUACUGCAGAUUAUGCGCCCAAUCUUGAGGCGUGUGUAAUUAGUCAAUACGAGGUUUAUUUUAAUAAAUGGGUGAAUAUUUGGCCUAACACACGGUUAACUAUGUCUCAGUUUCCAACAUUCACCUGCUUAGUGUUUUUUUCUAAGUGACAUGGUAAUAUUUUGGUUUUCUUCUGUCAGUUGUUUCAGAUGAGGUUUGCGAGAGGGACACUGAGUGCCGGCAGAUCAGGAGGAGUAUUUGUCAUCCCGGCGUCGGUCAGUGCACUUGUCCUUUUGACUUCCACUUCAACCGGAGCGCUAAAGCUUGUCGUAAGCCUCGUUGAAAUGAUGUCAUGACACAGCCAUUUACCUGCUAUGAUAUUAUAUACAUUUUCAUGAAGUGAGCAUACAUACGUAAAGUCUAAUAUUAUGCAGAACAUAUACCUUCAUUCAAAGCGAAGAUGGCCUGGCAAAAUGCUUUACUUUAACUUGAAAUAGAUAAGUAGGCAAUAAGUGCGAGCUUAAUUCAAGUCAGUCAAGUACAGCAAAGUCACCGCAGCCCAUUAAAUGACAUUUUAAUUGUUUACUUUAAGUUAAUAUAAUUAAUUUAAUUUCGAAUUUGCGUUCUAACCCUUGCUUAUAUUGGGUUUCAGUCUACUUACGUGGAAGUUCAACUUUUUGCCCCUCUUACUAUUGUCGUUGCGUUCUGAUGUGUUUGGGAUUAUUGUUUGGGCCAUUUAUGCCUCAAAAUACCGCACUUUCAGGUUUCUUAUUCUUUCGAAAGGAAACUUUAUAGGCACAUUCCAGGUGUUGCUAUGAAUAUUUAGGCCGACAUUCAUUAGGCACAAAGUGAUAACCUUGUAAAAUUCAUAAACUGCCAACAGAUGUCUGGAAGAAGGCACAUUGAUUUUAACUUACCCUACGAACCGCAUGAAUACAAGCUAAAACAGAGAUAAAUAUUUAGUCGAUAUUCAGCUUAUCAUUGAAACUUCCAUCGGCAGCGGUACGAUGUAGGACUCCAAAUAGCGUGAGGUAGCCUGUAGACUGUUUUGUAUGCAACAAUUACAUAAGUUCUAAGUCCUACGGUUACCUUGCACUCUUGAUUGAAUGCAAACCUAUCAGAUGCCGCUAAUUCAAAUGUUACUUUUUUCCGAAUAAUGCCUUUUGGUUUUUUAAUUUAUCGCGCUUACACUCGUUGCCACGGACAGCGUAAGAUGAAAUUUUUGACAGAAGCUUAGCAAUGUUUCCUGUUUUUUGCAAUCCCCCUUCUCUCCGUUUUACGUUUUGCCCCAUCGGUAAACUCCCUCUGUCACAAUUCUUGCAUAACACGGUCCAUUGGUUACCUCAAGAUAGUUGGGGUCCUACACCAUACCGUCACCUUCCCAUCUUCUCCACGCGCAUUGAAGUAGACACAGCAAUUUCAAAAUUGCAGAUAUUUGAUCUCUUUAGGAAUCAGUGUUCUAUCUAGGAGUAAAUCAUUUGAAAUUUAUAUUCAUGCGCAGGUUUUGGAAGUUGAAUCGGUUAAAAAGUUGAUAUUUGCGAACUAGGGUAUCUACCAGAAAGCCCACGGCAACCGCUGGGGAAGCCCUAAUCAGCCGAAGAACACAUAGUUGUGUCAUGCAGUGAUAGUGUCAGAAAAACACGUGCGAGGUUUCAAGUAGUACCUGUGCGUACCGCUGAUUGAUUGUCAGCAGCUUAUAGGCAUUAUUCGGUUAUGUCGUUGAAGCGGACUGAGUUCGGCUAGACAACUUAUAUUGUCUUUAGGACUGGGCUCGCAAAGCUCCAUUUUAAAGGACUGUCUACAAACUAAAAUACAUUUUUACGGAUACUGCACUGAGGCGCUUUCGAAUGAUUGAUUAUGACCUUCCAUACACAUUUUAAUCAGUGAGUAUUUUUUCGGGUAAAGCACACUUUUAAAAAUAUGGUUGCGUUUGGUCUUACUAAAGUUCAUGGAAUUUUUUGAGUUAGUCGUCCUAUCUAUUCCCCAAUGAAUGGACAGUCCAAGGCAACAUUUAGAGUUCGAGGUAUAUGCAUAAAUGGAGAAGAAGAGGUUUAGAGCACUGGAACAUUUUGUUUAUUGUCUUGAUCCCUCGGAAUCGUGCAAGAGCGUAUCGUCAGAGGUAGUGACAGCAACAGAACAAGUGACAGUUAUAAGGCAUGUAGGCCAAUCAUCGACUGAAACGCAAGACUGGAGGUGACUACGCAGGGCUCUGAACGCCGGCGCCAGAUCGAUAAAUCGAUAGACCGAGUUCUCAUCCAUGGCCUACAGUUCAAUUAAUUCGCGACUUGUUUUGUUUCCGACGUGGCCGACUAUUUUGGCGGCUGUUAAGUUAAACUCGUGACCCACUUCGCAGGUGUGGACAACCACUUAUGAUAAUGCGUCUUCUCGUAGCACAGCCAGCCUAUGUUCGUGUAUGCGCGAUCUGAGCAUGCAUUCAGCCUGUCCUGUGUAGUUAAAAGGACAGUUUUGACACGCGAUGCAAUACACUACUCCAGAUUGCUCUUCAGGCACUAACCGGUCUUUGAUUUUCAUAAUCCUUUCGCGCAUGAUGGCUUUGGGGCGGUAGGCAAUUCCAAGACUUAGCUCCGUGGCAAUGCGCUCGGUCGAUUCUGAAGCGCCUUUUAUGUAUAGCAGAGAAUGCCAUAUCGUCGGUGGUUUUGAUGUUCGAGUCCUCUGGUGCGAUCGCGCAGACAGCGAUUUAUGAAUGCCCUCGAAUUGCCAUUUUGCACAAACUGGUUGCGGAGAUAACGGGCCUCACGUGCUCUGCCCUCCGGUUUGCUGCAAUGAGUUUGGAUCCGUUUGAAGACCGUCUUCAAUCAGCUUCGUUUGUGAGCCACCAGAUGGUUGCUGGGAAAACUGAGAAGUUGUGUGGUGUUUAUCGCCUUCCUAUAAACUGCUGUUUCAAGUUCACCGUUAAGGUUUCGUUUGACAAGUGCAUCCACGAGGGCAGCUGCUGUUCUUGUUCUUCUUCCCCGUGAAUUAACUCACAUGACAAUUACAGUAAAUUUAUUUCCUCUUAGUUAUCACGUUUAGGGACUUAGGUUUUUAAAACUUCAUGUAGAUUUUCUGUAUUUACUGACGAUUUUAAGAAUUAAUUUCACAGUAAAAUAUUUUGGGAGUUGCAGGAGUGCGUUAGUGGAUUUUCAAUGGAAUCAGUCUCUAUUCUCAGCCCUUGCUUGUAAGGAUAUUGGAGACGUAACCGGUAGUGAGCACACGACAGUUUUCAGCAGAAGCACUGCAAAAUUUUUGUGCUUAACAGAGUCAAAUGUCCUUGUUAUGUAAAUUGUCUACAUGAAUUGAAAAUUAGAAUGAUUAAUUUCAUACAUUACAAUGUGUUGGCAGUUACAAGAAUAUGUGAGUGGAUUUUAAGUUGAAAUAGUCCAUAUUUUUCACUGCUAUUUUUUGGUGCAAUAUUUUGCCUUACCAGCUAAGAAGAGUAGUUGUUCACCCAAAGCAUAUGCUACAUGUCAUAACUUUUAAAUCCGUACUAGAGUCAUAACUAAUAAUGUGCAUAGGGUAAAUUUCAGCACAAUAGCUAUCAAAUUUUUGCGUUAAACAUAGUAAGGUGGCAUUGUUAACACACAUGGCUGUUAUAUUUGUUUUGACAAAUAUGCAGAAUUUAAAUGUGUUGACUAAAAGUGCUACCUUCUGUUGCACGAUUGGAUUUCCCAAACGUGCGACAUUUAAAAUGCAAACGCAGUUCUGUUUGGAUCCGAAUUUCUAAAUAACUUCAUAAGUGGCGGUUCGAGGUCAUUUAUUCACUUAAAACUCAAGAUAGGGAACUUGUGAAAACUACUUUAUAAACAAAGUUGAUUUUUUGGCUCCCCAGACGCACGUCGUGCCUGACAAUCACACUCAAGAUGCCAAAAGCGUUUUCAAAACAAAUGCAAAAUUAAAUACCUGUCAAUAUCUGCGUUUGCUUGCGUUUAUUUACAAGCAAAUGCGAAUUUGCCAUAAUGUGCAAAAAGACCUUCUGUUGUAAAAAGCUAUAAACAUCCCUAAUAUAGGCAGGUGCAAGCUUUAGAAGAUUCUUUAAAUAAAGUUCCACUGGAUACAAUAUUAUUCGUCUUUUGCCUUCAGCAGAUAGUAAACGGUGUGUGAACAUACGCCAACUAAAAUGAAGUUGUUUUACGGACGUAACGCAUACAUAACUGACAAAAGUAUAUGCGAUGCCUUCUAAACUUAACACUUUUUUAACAAGAUAUCUAAGCACAGAAAUGGUAUUGAGAUAGGUCAGUGCAACAUUACAUUAUAAACAUUUCAAUAAUUAGCCAGAAGUCUCUCUCAAAAGUUAGUUCAAUAUUAAAAUAAUUGCUUGUUAUGCCAAAAAGUAUACCAUACGUGUGUCUUCAUUCUUAGUAUAAAGCAAAAUACUGAAUCAGGUACGAUGUCGUAAUGCUAAAACAGUUUGUAACUUAUUUUUAACCCGUCAUAUUCCAUAAUCCGAUUGCGAGUCCAAAAGAUUAGUCUAAAUUAGAGAGUCACCAUACGGCCAAACAAUAUUUUUCAUGUGAAAAAGUGAAAGUGUUUCACGUUCUGUUUGCAAAAGGACCUCUUUGGGCACGUUUCUAACGUUUUUGGAGUACGUGCUCUGCACGCCAGUAAAAGCCAUUUUAACUGCUUCUACUUUUUACUACGCAAAAGCAUCGUUUGUAAAAAAAUGUCUGCAUCACGACGAUCCGAGUAAAUACAUUAUCGGGAGUGGUUAACAGCUCCUAGGGGACCACUGUUAAACUAGCGCAAAAACAAUAUUGAUUUAAGCGACAUUUUAUUAAUUUGGAUGUUUUCUUUCAUUUUGCCUUCAAUUAACUACACCACGGCAUAUGUUAUUACAAGAUUCAUUUACUUACACACAAAAGAACGUUUAGCUGUGUAAACCAGUCAGUUUCAAGCAUGAUCGGUGAUAUGGUAAUUAUUCGUAAUACAGGCAGUAUUAAAUAAUUACUCUAUUGCCUACGGAUUUUCUCUUGCUGUCAGUGCUCUUGUCCAGGGUUAAACACGAAAAUUAAAGUAUUGCAGAUGCAUAAGAUGUACUCUUUAUAUGCAUUUACUGGGAAAGGUUUUUUUGAGAGUUCGUAUUGCAUGUAUUUUUAAAUCUUGUGACGGAAAAAAAUUCAGGAGACGAAUCUCUGGACAACAGAGUUUGUAGAUAAAGUCAAUUAACGUACAAUAACAAUGACAAAGCUGCCUAAGAGUAUUCACUUUGGAAUAAUAUUUUCAGAGAUCAAAGUCAUCCGAAAGGAGCCUUGUCUUCAAUGUAACAUAAACAGUUGGUCUACAGGCAAGAGAUAUCAUCUGAUUGAUUGAGCAAACUUCGUACGCAUUUGGGUUACGGCCAUAAGGAGGCAAAAUUGUCUAGUUAAAACAAGCUAAAUAAAUCGUAGCUACGCUAGUGACGUAAAACUUAAGCUUGUUUUGGGUUGUGGGCAAAGAAAAAAAGAAAAUGACCUUUUCAGAUUGUAUCAAACAUAGGUGUUUUCAUGAGUAAAUCCGACAUCGUGCAGUUGCAUCAUGUCUCAGAGAGCUCAUAUUUACGCGAAUGAAAUUUUAACGCUGCUUAAGACUGACCUUACCUUCUUAAUAAAUUUUAUUUAUGACGCAUACAUCAAUAUCAUUUUUUGCUGAUUAUUUAUAUACACUUCGCAGUGUUAGCAGCGGCAUUUCUUAAAUGCAAAUGCCUAGAAACAUACGGCAGUUCUUGAAUGUGUUGAUAUUUCAAGUAAACCCAAUUUGCAAAUUGACAGAUUUGGUUGCAGUUUCCUGUAGACACCCAAAAUUCUGACAAUGAACAAUUUAUUUAAUUACGAUACUUUAUGCGGGAUAAAGUAUUCCCGGGGAUUCUUAAGCGUGCACCCGUUUACGACGUCUUCUGAAUGGACGCCAACUCCGGUGUUGAAUUCUUUUAAAAGAGAAUGCUUUUGGUAACAAAAUCGCCUUAAUCUUAUCUUUCCUAGCCUUAUGUAACAGUAUAUUCGCCAUUGUUAAACAUGUGUUUUUUCAACCCAGUUGCAGACAGUAAACCCCUGAUGAUUACUUCCCGAGCUGAGCAGAAACGGGCUGCGGAAUUGUCCAUUUCUUCAGGCAGCCUGCAACAUGGCCUCAUCGUGUGCAUUGUCACCUCCCUCAUCGCCUCCAGCGUCUUCUGCUGCCUGGUGUUUGCAGCCUUCCUCAUCUACCGUCGAUGCUCCUCAACCUGCGCGGGACUUGAUGCACUUCGUCAGGCCCGAAGCUGCAACAACAACAACAACGGAAUCAGCUCCUCACCCGCCCUCCUGACCAGUCUGCUGACACCCUGCUACUUGGACCUGCGACCGGUGGAGGCCAAUAACCCCAUGAUAUUCCGCGGUCUGGAGAUCAAAAAUGACUUUAAUCAGGAUGUCACCCAGAAGACGGAUGAGGAGGCACGGAUAGGCAUUGAAACGCAGAUUAUCUAA